AUGGAGCUGGAUGAGGCCCCCGAGGCUGGCACACACCCAGGAAGGGCUGAGUGGACCAAGGAUGCAGAGGAUGAACCCUUGGAGAUGCAGGGCCUGCUGGCCCAGCUUGAGACCCUCGAUCCCAACCUCUGCGACCACUCACCUGCGUCAGAGCAGGGACCGCUUCCCUCCUUGAGCACUGGCAUGGCCCCUCGGGGCUGGGAGACACGGCCCUGCUGUGCCCAGCGCUCAGCCUGCUCCCGGCCCUGCCAUGGCCUGCUCUUUGCCGAGGCCAACAGGGAGGACUUGCUGAGCCUCUUGUGCUACGAGGGGGGGCUGCCCGAGGCCAGUGCCGAGACACCCUUGGCCCGUGCCAACGUCCUGGCUGGGACCAACCUGGAGAUGCUGUGGGCUCAUGAGGAACUGGCUGCUGUGGAGAAGCCUGAAGGGCUGGUGAGGCCGGAGAGCUCAGAGGAAGGACCUUCUGGUAGCUGGUAUUAUGGAGAGCUCGACUCCACCUGCAAGAGCAAACAGGGCGGUUCCCCAGAGCCGGCCUGGAUGGCCCUGGCUCCCGCUCCAGCCCCGGAGGCAGAGCAGUCACCCCAAGGCAGUGUGACUAACAGGGAACCCCCAUCCUCCUGCUCAGCCUUCAAAGAGGUUCCAGGCCCUUGCGACCCAGAGGAUCUGCUGGAUGGUGUGAUUUUUGGGGCAAAGUACCUGGGCUCCACACAGCUGGUCUCGGAGAGGAACCCCCCAACCAGUGUCCGCAUGGCGCAGGCCCAGGAGGCGGUGGACAGGAUCAAGGCACCAGAGGGGGAGUCUCAGCCCAUGACAGGGGUGGAUCUGUUUGUCUCCACGCAAAGGAUCAAGGUGCUCACAGCUGACACACAGGAGGCCAUGAUGGAUCACUCCCUCCAGACCAUCUCCUACAUAGCUGACAUCGGCUCCCUCGUGGUGCUCAUGGCGCGCCGGAAACUGCCUCAGCGGUCAGAGGGGGCAGAGGAGAAGCGGCUCUACAAGAUGAUCUGCCAUGUCUUUCACUCAGCUGAUGCCGAGAUCAUCGCUCAGGCUAUUGGGCAGGCGUUCGGCGUCGCCUACCAGCGCUUCCUGGAGGCUAACAGCAUCGACCCGAGUGAGCUGAGCCCUCGCCAGUACAGCCGUGCCCUCGAGGACCAGGAGCAAUACAAUGCGGAGUUGACCCACUUCUCCCAGCAGGAGAACUGCAAGGAUGUCUGCAUCCAGAAGCAGAAGGGGGAGAUCCUGGGCAUCGCCGUUGUGGAGUCGGGCUGGGGCUCCAUCCUGCCCACAGUGGUCAUUGCUAACCUGAUGCAUGGGAGCCCCGCGGAGAGGUCUGGCGAGCUGAGCAUCGGGGACCGCCUCGUGUCCGUCAACGGGACGAGCCUGGUGGGGCUGCCCCUCCCCACCUGCCAGAGCAUCAUCCGGGAGCUGAAGCGCCAGACUGAGGUGACACUGAACAUAGUGCACUGUCCCCCUGUCACCACAGCUGUCAUCCGGCGCCCGGACUCCAAGUACCAGCUGGGCUUCUGCGUUGAGAAUGGCGUGAUCUGCAGCCUGAUGCGUGGGGGCAUCGCAGAGAGAGGUGGCAUCCGCGUGGGGCACCGCAUCAUAGAGAUCAACGGACAGAGCGUGGUGGCAACGCCCCAUGAGAAGAUCAUCCAGAUCCUCACUCAGGCAGUCAGUGAGGUCCACAUCAAGACCAUGCCGGCCUCCACGUAUCGCUUACUGACCGGGCAGGAGCAGCCCAUCUUCCUCUGA